CACUUCACUCGUCAGGGGCGUGGCGGCCAUCUUUGUUGUUGACAGUCUCUUGCUCGACCUCCAGCCGUGAGGGUUUAGCGCACGCUGGUACCCACCACACUGAUAUCUGGAAUACGCUGACUGCUGGAAGCGACCACACUGACAGCUGGAAGCCACCACACUGACAGCUGGAAGCCACUACACUGACAGCUGGAAGCCACCACACUGACAGCUGGAAGCCACUACACUGACAGCUGGAAGUCACCACACUGACAGCUGGAAGCCACUACACUGACAGCUGGAAGCCACCACUGACAGCUGGAAGCCACCACACUGACAGCUGGAAGCCACCACACUGACAGCUGGAAGCCACCACACUGACAGCUGGAAGCCACCACACUGACAGCUGGAAGCCACGACUGACAGCUGGAAGCCACCACACUGACACCUGGAAGCCACCACACUGACAGCUGGAAGCCACCACACUGACAGCUGGAAGCCACCACACUGACAUCUGGAAGCCACCACACUGACAUCUGGAAGCCACCACACUGACAGCUGGAAGCCACCACACUGACAGCUGGAAGCCACCACACUGACAUCUGGAAGCCACCACACUGACAUCUGGAAGCCACCACACUGACAGCUGGAAGCCACCACACUGACAGCUGGAAGUCACUAUGACAGCUGGAAGCCACCACACUGACAGCUCGAAGCCACUGCACUGACAGCUCGAAGCUACCGCACUGGCAGUUGGAACAGACUACACUGACAGCUGGAAGCCACCACACUGACAGCUGGAAGUCACUGCUCUAACAGCUGGAAGAGACUACCCUAACAGCUGGAAACCACUACACUGACAGCUGGGAGUCACCCCACUGACAGCUGGAAGCCACUUCACUGACAGCAGGAAGCCACUUCACUGACAGCUGGAAGCCACCACACUGGCAGCUGGAAGUCACUACACUGACAGCUAGAAGCCACUUCACUGACAGCCGGAAGCCACUUCACUGACAGCUGGAUGCUACCACGCUUAAAUCUAAAAGCCACCACACUGACAUCUGGAAGCCACGACAAUGACAGCUGAAUCCUACAACACUGAUAGCUGGAAGUCGUGACAGACAGCUGCAAGCCACAACACUGACAGCUACAACCACCACACUGGCAGCUUCAAGCAUCACUGACAACUGCAUGCCACGACACUGACAGCUGGAAGCCACGACAAUGCCAGCAGAAACCCAAGACAUUGACAGCUGGAAGUCAUGACACUGACAGCUGGAAGCUACAGCAAUGACAGUUGCAUGUUACAACAAUGAUAACUGAAACCUUUGAUAUUGAAUGCUUAAAGACACAGAUCUGACAGCUGGAAGCCUCCACAUUGACAGCUGGAAGCCAUUGCACUGACAUCUGGAGGCCACCACACUGACAGUUGGAAGUCGCUACACUGACAGCUGGAGGCCACCACACUGACAACUGGAAGCCACCACACUGACAGCUGGAGGCCACCACACUGACAGCUGGAGGCCACCAUGCUGACAGCUGGAAGCCUCCACACUGACAGCUGGACGCCACCAUGCUGACAGCUGGAAGCCUCCACACUGACAGCUGGAAGCCACCACACUUACAGCUGGAGGCCACCACACUGACAGCUGGAGGCCACAACACUGACAGCUGGAAGCCUCCACACUGACAGCUGGAAGCCACCACACUGACAGCUGGAAGCCACCACACUGACAGCUGGAAGCCACCACUGAGAACUGGAAGCCACACUGACAGCUGGAAGCCACCAUGCUGACAGCUGGAAGCCUCCACACUGACAGCUGGAAGCCACACUGACAGCUGGAGGCCACCACACUGACAGCUGGAAGCCUCCACACUGACAUAUGGAAGCCACUACACCAACAGCUGGAAGCCUCCACACUGACAACUGGAAGCCACCAAACUGACAGCUGGAGGCCACCACACUGACAGGUGGAAGCCACCACACUGACAGCUGGAAGCCACCACACCAACAGCAGGAAGCUACUACUAACAGCUGCUGUCAGUGUUCACCUAGUAGUAAAUAGGUCUGCAGUGUCACCAGCCUUGAAGGGGGCCACGUUAGUGUACAGCAGUAUUCCAACCUAGAGAGCACAAGCGAUUUGAAGAGAAUCAUCAUGAGGCAUGGAAUAAUAUACCUACCCAAACCCUCAAGAAUUUGUGUGAGCAUCUUCCUACACAGCUGAGGGAUGUGAUUAAGCAUAAAGGACACAGCACUAAGUAUUAAAACCUCAGUAAACUCCAUCACACCAUGGAUCUCCACUCUGAGGAGAAGCGUUUUCAAUGUUCUUUGUGUCCGAAAGACUUUUCCAAGAAAUCGGCUCUGGUUGGACACGUGAAAGCUCAUGCAGGGGACACUCCAUACCAGUGUUCAGUGUGUUUGAAAGACUUUCAAGAUAAAGCACAUCUGGUUGAACACAUGAGAGUUCACACUGGAGAGAAGCCAUACGCGUGUUCCGAGUGUCUGAAAGCCUUUUCCCACAAGUCAACUCUAGUGCAGCACAUGAGAGCUCACAGAGGGGAGAAGCCAUUUCCGUGUUCGAUUUGUCUCAAAUAUUUUUCCAAAAAGGCGGUGUUGAUAAGCCAUAUGAAACUACAUUCAGGCGAGAAGCCUUACCAGUGUUCGGUAUGUCUGAAAGAAUUCCCAGAAAAGUCACCAUUAGUUGAACACAUGAGAGUUCACACGGGAGAGAAACCAUACCAGUGUUCAGAGUGCCAGAGAGCUUUCUCCAAGAAAUCCGUUUUGGUCAUACACAUGAGAGUUCAUACGGGAGAAAAGCCGUAUCAGUGUUCAGAGUGCCAGAGAGCUUUCUCAAAAAAAUCUGUUUUAGUUUCACAUAUGAGGAUUCAUACUGGAGAGAGACCAUACCCCUGUACAGUGUGUUUGAAAGCCUUUUCACAAAAGUCGAUUCUCGUACAGCACAUGAAGGUUCACACGGGAGUAAAGCCAUAUCGGUGCACAAUAUGUCUGAAAGAAUUCUCACUAAAAUUAACUCUUGUAAGCCAUAUGAAAUUCCAUUUAGGAGAGAUACCAUACCAGUGUUCAGAGUGUCUGAAGGUCUUUUCCCACAAAUCGAGUCUGAUGAGACACAUGAGGGUUUAUCACAGAGGAGAGAAACCGUUUCAUUGUCCGGAGUGCCUCAAAGAUUUCUCCCGAAAAUCAGUCCUAAUCAAUCACAUGAAGGCCCACUCAGGGAGCAAAGUGUAUCACUGUUCAGAUUGUUUCAAGGAAUUUGCCAGGAAAUCUGCACUAUUAAGACACGUGAGAGACCAUACUGAAGAAAAACCGAGUGUCUUGACUAUCUGAGGCUUCUUAUAUGAACAUUAUUUAAUGAUGCAUAUUGAAAUUUCUGUUGGAAAGAAUCAAUGUAUAUAAAUAAUUUAUUAUAGAGUAUACCUUUUAUACAAUAGACUUAUAUAAUGUAGCUGUGUUAUAUUUGUUAUUGGUUUUUAGAUAUAAUUGCUCCAUGGCCUAGUCUCAGACUAGGUUUUCUAAAUUAGAAAUAAAAAAUUGGAAGAAUAAGGUUUAUUAAAAAAUAUACAGGAAAAGUUUCA